AUGGGCCUGGACGGCGGAACGAUUGUAACUCGCUCAGAUGUUCUUCGUGGCCAAUCGUGGCGCGUUGCACAAAGCGACAGGUCCAGAUCUACGCGAGGUGGCAACGCGUCAAGAGUACCGACGGAAACAGCUGAUGAAGCGCUGCGGAGAUCCACGGCCUGGUCCACUUGUGCGCUUAGCUCCCAGCCACUGCAGGCCCCCAUCGUGGCGUGCAGCCUGGGCCGGUUGUACAACAAGGAUGCCGUACUGCGGUUCCUAUUGGCCAAAAAGGGCCACAUGACCUCACACGAAGCGCUGCUCGAGUACGCUAACCAGCUGCGAGUAGCAGCUGCAGCCGCAGAAAGGGCGACAAGUACAGCAACAGGGCUAGGAAUAGCGGCGGCUGCAACAGGCGAGGCACCUGCAACGUCGUCCUCCGUUGGCGCCGCCACCUCCUUCGUGUGUCCCAUCACACUUCUGCCUUGUGACCGGCACCCAUGCUCCGCAUUAAGGCCCUGUGGCCACGUCAUCAGCGAACGAGCGUUGGCCAACAUCCGCCGGGGCGGCAGUAGUGGUAGUGGCGAUGGCGAUGCCAGCUGUCCGGUGCAGGCCCUACGGGAGCAGCUGCGAACUGCUGCUGCCGCAGCCGCCGCAGCCAAGGCACAGGCCAAGGCGGGCAAGAAGCGGAAAGCGCCAGAUGCACCCGCAACGGAGCCAGCGAACGGGCCCCAUAAACAGCCGUAG